AUGUAUUCUACACCAGACCAUGUUAACUUCACAAAAAGUCAAACUGUUGGUUCGGUUAUCAACUCCAAGCAGGACAUUCACUGCUUAAUUGAAAUUCCGAUAACCGCAACGAUCGAAGAGGCCUUUGACUUACUAUUGGCCGAGAAUAUCCUAAGCGUACCGGUUUAUCGAUUCUGGCGAGGUCACAAACAACCCAUCGCUAUCGUCAAUGUUCUCGACUUGGUCACCUUCAUACAGCCAAUGUUUGACAAGGAGGAUGAUAGUAAAUCG